UGCUUCAAGGCUCCUGCCGAGCGGACCGGCGCGGCGGCCGGAGCUCCAGCAUCUCUGCUCACGGUCCAGGAGGGGAGCCCGCGGCCACCGCCGCCUGAUCAGUGCGACCCCGGCCCGCGCCCCCCACGCCCGGCAAGAUGCUGCCAGUGUACCAGGAGGUGAAGCCCAACCCGCUGCAGGGCGCGAACCUCUGCUCGCGCGUGUUCUUCUGGUGGCUCAAUCCCUUGUUUAAGAUAGGCCAUAAACGGAGAUUAGAGGAAGAUGAUAUGUAUUCAGUACUGCCAGAAGACCGCUCACAGCACCUUGGAGACGAGUUGCAAGGGUUCUGGGAUAAAGAAGUUUUAAGAGCUGAGAAUGACGCACAGAAGCCUUCUUUAACAAGAGCAAUCAUAAAGUGUUACUGGAAAUCUUAUUUAGUUUUGGGAAUUUUUACAUUAAUUGAGGAAAGUGCCAAAGUAAUCCAGCCCAUAUUUUUGGGAAAAAUUAUUAAUUAUUUUGAAAAUUACGAUCCCAUGGAUUCUGUGGCUUUGAACACAGCGUACGCCUAUGCCACGGUGCUGACUGUUUGCACGCUCAUUUUGGCUAUACUGCAUCACUUAUAUUUUUAUCACGUUCAGUGUGCUGGGAUGAGGUUACGAAUAGCCAUGUGCCAUAUGGUUUAUCGGAAGGCACUUCGUCUUAGUAACAUGGCCAUGGGGAAGACAACCACAGGCCAGAUAGUCAACCUGCUGUCCAACGAUGUCAACAAGUUUGACCAGGUGACAGUGUUCUUACACUUCCUGUGGGCAGGGCCACUGCAGGCGAUCGCAGUGACUGCCCUACUCUGGAUGGAGAUAGGAAUAUCGUGCCUUGCUGGGAUGGCAGUUCUAAUUAUUCUCCUGCCCUUGCAAAGCUGUUUCGGGAAGUUGUUCUCAUCACUGAGGAGUAAAACUGCAACUUUCACGGAUGCCAGGAUCAGGACCAUGAAUGAAGUUAUAACUGGCAUAAGGAUAAUAAAAAUGUACGCCUGGGAAAAGUCAUUUUCAGAUCUUGUUACCAAUUUGAGAAAGAAGGAGAUUUCCAAGAUUCUGAGAAGUUCCUACCUCAGAGGGAUGAAUUUGGCCUCGUUUUUCAGUGCAAGCAAAAUCAUCGUGUUUGUGACCUUCACCACCUACGUGCUCCUCGGCAACGUGAUCACAGCCAGCCGCGUGUUCGUGGCCGUGACACUGUACGGGGCUGUGCGGCUGACGGUCACCCUCUUCUUCCCCGCAGCCAUUGAGAAGGUGUCAGAGGCAAUCAUCAGCAUCCGAAGAAUCCAGGCAUCAGAGACCCCAACUCUACAAGGCGUUUCCUUUACUGUCAGACCUGGUGAAUUGUUAGCUGUGGUCGGCCCCGUGGGAGCAGGAAAGUCAUCACUGUUAAGUGCUGUGCUCGGGGAAUUGGCCCCAAGUCACGGGCUGGUCAGCGUGCAUGGAAGAAUUGCUUAUGUGUCUCAGCAGCCCUGGGUGUUCUCGGGAACUCUGAGGAGUAAUAUUUUAUUUGGGAAGAAAUAUGAAAAGGAACGAUAUGAAAAAGUCAUAAAGGCUUGUGCUCUGAAAAAGGAUUUACAGCUGUUGGAGGAUGGUGAUCUGACUGUGAUAGGAGAUCGGGGAACCACACUGAGUGGAGGGCAGAAAGCGCGGGUAAACCUUGCAAGAGCAGUGUAUCAAGAUGCUGACAUCUAUCUCCUGGACGAUCCUCUCAGUGCAGUAGAUGCGGAAGUUAGCAGGCACUUGUUCGAACUGUGUAUUUGUCAAACUUUGCAUGAGAAGAUCACAAUUUUAGUGACUCAUCAGUUGCAGUACCUCAAAGCUGCAAGUCAGAUUCUGAUAUUGAAAGAUGGUAAAAUGGUGCAGAAGGGGACUUACACUGAGUUCCUAAAAUCUGGUAUAGAUUUUGGCUCCCUUUUGAAGAAGGACAACGAGGAAAGUGAACAGCCUCCAGUUCCAGGAACUCCCACACUGAGGAAUCGCACCUUCUCCGAGUCUUCAGUUUGGUCUCAACAGUCUUCUAGACCCUCCUUGAAAGAUGGUGCUGUGGAGACCCAAGAUACGGAGAAUGUCCCAGUUACACUCUCAGAGGAGAACCGUUCUGAAGGAAAAGUUGGUUUUCAGGCCUAUAAGAAUUACUUCAGAGCUGGUGCUCACUGGAUUGUCAUCAUUUUCCUUAUUCUCCUAAACACUGCAGCUCAGGUUGCCUAUGUUCUUCAAGAUUGGUGGCUUUCGUACUGGGCAAACCAACAAAGUACGCUAAAUGUCACUGUAAAUGGAGGAGGAAAUGUAACCAAGAAGCUAGAUCUUAACUGGUACUUAGGAAUUUAUUCAGGUUUAACUGUAGCUACCGUUCUUUUUGGCAUAGCAAGAUCUCUAUUGGUAUUCUACGUCCUUGUUAAUUCUUCACAAACUUUGCACAACAAAAUGUUUGAGUCAAUUCUGAAAGCUCCGGUAUUAUUCUUUGAUAGAAAUCCAAUAGGAAGAAUUUUAAAUCGUUUCUCCAAAGACAUUGGACACUUGGAUGAUUUACUGCCACUGACGUUUUUAGAUUUCAUCCAGACAUUGCUACAAGUGGUUGGUGUGGUCUCUGUGGCUGUGGCUGUGAUUCCUUGGAUCGCAAUACCCUUGGUUCCCCUUGGAAUCGUUUUCAUUUUUCUUCGGCGAUAUUUUUUGGAAACGUCAAGAGAUGUGAAGCGCCUGGAAUCUACAACUCGGAGUCCAGUGUUUUCCCACUUAUCAUCUUCUCUCCAGGGCCUCUGGACCAUCCGGGCAUACAAAGCAGAAGAGAGGUGUCAGGAACUGUUUGAUGCACACCAGGAUUUACAUUCAGAGGCUUGGUUCUUGUUUUUGACAACAUCCCGCUGGUUCGCCGUCCGUCUGGAUGCCAUCUGUGCCAUGUUUGUCAUCGUCGUUGCCUUUGGGUCCCUGAUUCUGGCAAAAACUCUGGAUGCCGGGCAGGUGGGCUUGGCGCUGUCCUAUGCCCUCACACUCAUGGGGAUGUUUCAGUGGUGUGUUCGACAAAGUGCCGAAGUUGAGAAUAUGAUGAUCUCAGUAGAAAGAGUGAUUGAAUACACAGACCUUGAAAAAGAAGCACCUUGGGAAUAUCAGAAACGCCCACCACCGACCUGGCCCCAUGAAGGAGUGAUCAUCUUUGACAAUGUGAACUUCAUGUACAGUCUAGAUGGGCCUCUGGUACUGAAGCAUCUGACGGCACUCAUUAAAUCACAAGAAAAGGUUGGCAUUGUGGGAAGAACCGGAGCUGGAAAAAGUUCCCUCAUCUCGGCCCUUUUUAGAUUGUCAGAACCCGAAGGUAAAAUUUGGAUUGAUAAGAUCUUGACAACUGAAAUUGGACUUCACGAUUUAAGGAAGAAAAUGUCAAUCAUACCUCAGGAACCUGUUUUGUUCACUGGAACAAUGAGGAAAAACCUGGAUCCCUUCAAUGAGCACACGGAUGAGGAACUGUGGAAUGCCUUGCAAGAGGUACAACUUAAAGAAACCAUUGAAGAUCUUCCUAGUAAAAUGGAUACUGAAUUAGCAGAAUCAGGAUCCAAUUUUAGUGUCGGACAAAGACAACUGGUAUGCCUUGCCAGGGCAAUUCUCAGGAAAAAUCAGAUAUUGAUUAUUGAUGAAGCAACGGCAAAUGUGGAUCCAAGAACUGAUGAGUUAAUACAAAAGAAAAUCCGGGAGAAAUUUGCCCACUGCACCGUGCUAACCAUUGCACACAGAUUGAACACCAUUAUUGACAGCGACAGGAUAAUGGUUUUAGAUUCAGGAAGACUGAAAGAAUAUGAUGAGCCAUAUGUUUUGCUACAAAAUAAAGAGAGCCUAUUUUACAAGAUGGUGCAACAACUGGGCAAGGCAGAAGCCGCUGCCCUCACUGAAACAGCAAAACAGGUAUACUUCAAAAGAAAUUAUCCACAUAUUGGUCACACUGACCAUAUGGUUACAAACACUUCCAAUGGACAGCCCUCAACCUUAACUAUUUUCGAGACAGCACUGUGAAUCCAACCAAGACGUCAAGUCUGUUCCGAAGGUGUUUUCUGCUAGUUUUUGGACUAUGUAAACCACAUUGUAAUUUUUUUUUACUUUGGCAACAAAUAUUUAUACAUACAAGAUGCCUGUUCAUUUGAAUAUUUCUCCCAACUUAUCCAGUGAUCUCCAGCUCUAACAAAAUGGUUUAUUUUUAUUUAAAUGUCAAUAGUUGUUUUCUAAAAUCCAAAUCAGAGUUGCAGGCCACCAGUUAAAUGCUGUCUAUCAGGUUUUGUGCCUUAAGAAACUACAGAGUCAAAGCUCAUUUUUAAAGGAGUAGGACAAAGUUGUCACAGGUUUUUGUUGUUGUUUUUACGGCCCCCAAAAUUACAUGUUAAUUUCCAUGUAUAUCAGGGAUUCUAUUUACUUGAAGACUGUGAAGUUGCCAUUUUGUUGCAUUGUUUUCUUUGACAUAACUAGGAUCCAUUAUUUCCUCUGAAGGCUUCUUGUUAGAAAAUAGUACAGUUAAAACCAAUAGGAACAACAAAAAGAAAAAGUUUGGGACAUAGUAGUAGGGAGUAUGUAACCCUUACUCCCCACCAAAAAAAAAAAAAAGGAUAUAUGGUUAAAGGAUAGAAGGACAAUAUUUUAUCAUAUGUUCUAAAAGAGAAGCAAGAGAAAAUAUUACUUUCUCAAAAUGGAGGCCCUUAAAGGUGCUUUGAUACUGAAGGACACAAAUGUGACCAUCCAUCCUCCUUUAGAGUUGCAUGACUUGGACAUGGUAACUGCUGCAGUUUUAGACUCAGCAUCAUGACACUUCCCAACAAGGCCAAACCUCUAACCGACAUUCCUGAAAUACGUGGCAUCAUUCUUUUUUGGAUUUCUCAUUUAUGGAAGGCUAACCCUCUGUUGACUGUAAGCCUUUUGGUUUAGGCUUUAUUGAAAUCCUUUCUAAGUUGCAUGAAUAGGCUCUGCUAACAUGAUGAGACAAACUGAAAAUUGUUGCAAGCAUUGACUAUAAUUAUGCAGUAUGUUCUCAGGAUGCAUCCAGGGGUUCAUUUUCAUGAGCCUGUCCAGGUUAGUUUACUUCUGACCACUAAUAGCAUUGUCAUUUGGGCUUUCUGUUGAAUGAAUCAACAAACCACAAUACUUCCUGGGACCUGUUGUACUUUAUUUGAACUGUGGGUCUUUAAUUUUUCUUGAUGGUGGUGGCUGUAACAUGUUGAGUUCGGUUUACUAAAGGUUUUACUAUUAUGGUUUGGAGUCUCAUGACCUCUCAGAAUAAGGUGACACGUCCCUGAAAUUGCAUUUAUGUAUAUAGACAUGCACACGUGUGCAUUUGUUUGUAUACAUAUAUGUGUCCGUCAUAUAGCAAGUUUUUUGACUCAUCAGCAGAGAGCAACAGAUGUUUUAUUGAGUGAAGCCUUAAAAAGCACACACACAGCUAACUACCAAAAUACAUUGACUGUAGUAGCUGUUCAACUCCUAGUACUUAGAAAUAAAUGUAUGGUUAAUGUUCACUCCAAUAAACCACAUACAGUAAAUGUUUAUUAAUAGUCAUGGUUCGUAUUUUAGGUGACUGAAAUUACAACGGUGAUCAUAAUGAGGUUUGUUAAAACGUUAGCUAUAUUCAAAAUGUCUAUAUGUUUAUUUGGACUUUUGAGGUUAAAGACAGUCAUAUAAACAUCCUGUUUCUGUUUUAAUGUUGUCAUAGAAUUUUUUAAUGAAACUAAAUUCAGUUGAAAUAAAUGAUAGUUUUCAUCUCCA